AUGGCAUCCCUCAAAUUCUCUCGUCGCCUCACCUUCAACCAGAACCUCAUCUCUGGUGCGGUCCUCUUCUUCACCGUCGGCGUCUACCUCGCCGUCCUCGGCCUCGGCGCGGGAGGUGGCAAGCCCUCCUCCCAGCGCGUCAGCGAUAUCUCCAAUAGCUCCCUCUACGGCAUCUACGCCGUCUUCGGCUUCUUCACCGGCGCCAUCAUGAACAAGCUCGGCCCUCGCCUCACCAUGACCAUCGGCGUGGCCGGCUACCCGAUCUACGUCGCCGGCCUCUUCUACUACGACCGCACCGGCCACGACUGGUUCCCCAUCCUCGGCGGCAUCCUCCUCGGCCUCUCCGCCCCCAUGCUCUGGAGCACCUCGGGCUUCAUCCAGUGGGCCUAUGCCACCGAGCUUGAAAAGGGCAAGUACAUUGCCAUCCAGUACUUUAUCAACCAGGUCGGCAGCGUCGUCGGGUCCCUCGUCGCCUUUGGCAUCAUCCUCGGCAGCAGCAACGGCAAAACCGCCACCUCCAUCACCAGCGACGGCUCCCCCACCAGUGUUUACAUUGUCAUGAUUGUCCUCAUCUGCCUCGCCUUCCCCCUGACCAUCUUCGGCCUCGUCGACCCCAAGACGGUCCGCCGCGCCGACGGCACCCCCGUCGCCGUCUUCCACAACCUCUCCCUCGGGCAGGAGAUGCGCGGCGUCGUCGCCGUCCUGCGCGACUACCGCGUGCUCGCCAUGCUGCCCGUCAUCUUCAGCUGCGAGCUCGCCCUCGGCAUCCUGCCCUCCGUCAACGGCCGCUACUUCAACCUGCGCACCCGGUCCAUGAACAACGUCAUCUUCUACCUCGUCCAGCUCCCCGCCUCCGUCGGCUGCGCCUAUCUGACCGACCGAUCGCCCUUUCGCCGCCGCCGCGAUCGCGGGUACCUCUCCGUCAGCAUCCUCGGCGCCUUUGUCUUCGCCGGCUGGAUCGCCCUGCUGGCUUGGGUCUGCACCUCCUCCACCUGGGCCUCGCCGCCGGAGGGAGGCGUCGACUGGACCGACUCCUCCAACUUCCGCGGGCCCUUUGUUCUCUAUCUCCUCUUUGGCAUCGUCUACGGCUCCCACCAGCAGAUUGGCAUGUGGGUCAUGGGCACCUUUACCAACGAGCCAACCGUCCUUGCCGUGUACGGCGGCCUCUGGAAAGGUGUCGCUGCCGGCGGCGUGGCGGUUCAGUUUGGAAUGGGAGCCGCCAAAGUAUCUUAUGAGUACGCCUCGAUUCCCUUUUGUCCGUCCAGAUUGAAACGGCCAUUCAAGUUUUGUGCUAAUCUGUUGCAAUAA